CACCGCUUUGCCUCCCCCCGUGAGAAUUUGAGCUGGAGAGCCAGCAUGCCCUGGUAAGUGGAAAUACUGCCACUUCAAGACAUGGAGUCAUCUUUCUCAUUUGGAGUGAUCCUUGCUAUCCUGGCCUCCCUCAUUAUUGCUGCUAAUGCCCUAGUGGCCAUGGCUGUGCUGUCGUUGAUCCACAAGAAUGAUGGUGUCGGUCUCUGCUUCACCUUGAAUCUGGCUGUGGCUGACACCUCGCUUGGCCUGGCCAUCUCUGGCCUAGUCACAGACCAGCUCUCCAGCCCGGCUCGGCCCACACAGAAGACCCUGUGCAGCCUUCGGAUGGCAUUUGUCACUUCUUCUGCAGCUGCCUCUGUCCUCACCGUCAUGCUGAUUGCCUUUGACAGGUACCUUGCCAUCAAGCAGCCCCUCCGCUAUUUCCAGAUCAUGAAUGGGCUCACAGCCGGGGCCUGCAUUGCCGGGCUGUGGUUGGUGUCUUACCUCAUUGGCUUCCUCCCACUCGCGGUCCGCGUAUUCCAGCAGACCGCCUACAAGGGGCCCUGCAGCUUCUUCGCUGUGUUUCACCCGCGCUUCGUGCUGACCCUCUCCUGCGUUGGCUUCUUCCCAGCCCUGCUCCUCUUUGUCUUCUUCUACUGUGACAUGCUCAAGAUUGCUUCCAUGCACAGCCAGCAGAUCCACAAGACGGAGCAUGCGGGAGCCCCGGCCGGGGCUCACCGGCCCCCACGGACCCCCAGUGACUUCAAGGCUGUCCGCACUGUGGCCAUUCUCAUUGGCAGCUUCACUCUGUCCUGGACCCCGUUCCUUAUCACUAGCAUUGUGCAGGUGGCCUGCCAGGAGUGCCACCUCUACCCAGUGCUGGAACAGUACCUGUGGCUGCUUGGUGUGGGCAACUCCCUGCUCAACCCACUCAUCUAUGCCUAUUGGCAGAAGGAGAUACGGCAACAGUUCUCCCAGAUGGCCCUGGGAAUGAAGAAGGGGCUCGCCGCAUUCCUCCCCCUUCUCUCAGCCAGGGAUGGUGGCCCACAGGGGCCCAGGGAAAGUGCCCGUCACAUCACCACCAUCUCCCACUCAGAGCUUGAUGGCUAAGAUGGUAAGGGCAGACAAGUUUCUAAGUGCCCCUCUCUCCCUUCACAGAGCCCCAGCUAGGAGACCAGGUGGAGCUAGGGAAAAGAGAGC